GUUUAUCUGCAUUGAAGUGUGUGAUGUUAGAUAUGCUUUGUAGGUUUCACUUUAGAGUGUGAUCAUUUGUGACUUGUGUAAAUGAAUCAUUAUAAUAAUAUAAUAUGUGCGUAACUGCGUGUAGGAAAUAAUUUCAUCACCAAGCAUCGAACUCGAGAGCAAGAUUAUAGUAUAUCAUCGUGUGCUUUUCCAAUCGCAAAAUGAUGGCCGAUGAAAAUGUAAUCGUUUUCUAUUUCUCGCCGGUAUCAUUGUCGGAGAUGGCAUUAUCGAAACUGGCAUUAGUGUGUUGGCGUCAGCAAGUCACCGAUCUAUAUCCGGAUGUUGCCAGAGUGCUGUGGCUCAAUUGGUUCACCGAAAAUAAAUUCAGCAUCAACGAUAUUUUACAGUUGCCAUGCUCGAUUCAAACUUCCGCCAUUGAUAAUCGUAUCGAAAUGAUGGGCCAAGAGUUGAAAAGAUGUUUUGAUCUUUUGGAAAAAUUCUUUGAAAAAAAAUUUCACGAUUUUGUUUUAACGUAUCUCGAAUACGCGAUUCUCGAUUCGAAUGGUAAAAUUUGUGUGAAAAGUACCGCCAAGAAUUUGCUGUCGAGUGGCCGAUUGACUCCGGUGGACGAAUACAAGCUCGCUUGCGCGUACUGCCUCGAAGAAGAUAUCGAACGUUUGUGGCCUUCGGUUUUGCGAGAUAGGAGUAUUCCUUUCAAAUACGAGGAAAAUUCCCAAUAUAUCCGACGAUAUCCUCGCUCGCUGUAUUAUUGGACUUUUCGUUUGAGAAACCGACUCGAUGAGAUACCCGGCGACGAGCAAUCGGCUGAAUUUCGUAUCAUGUCAUUGAAAAACCCAUACCCAAUGGAAUGGCCGGAAGUCGAAUACUACUGGAGUAGGAUAACUUCACACCAACGAAUCUCCCAAAUGAAAUCUAUUUUCAAGGAAAAAAACGCUGUAAAGUAUUUAUUGCCGAAACUGAACAAGGAGGAAUUGCAAUAUGUUCUGCAAGAAGACACAAUGCCAGCCGUCAUUUUAAGCAGUUUGGCAGAAUGUCAGUCCCAUAGCGAUCUAGUCACACAGGUGUGGAAUUUCAUGAAACCGUCGAUCAACGUUAAACAAUUUUUGCAAGUGUUGGGUAUCUUACAGAAAUUUUCGAAUCGGAAUCUUUCAGGUCGUACUGCUACUUUACUGCACGAUAUAUGGACCAGUGCUCCGGAUGAUUUGAAAAACAAAAUUCCGAAUACGUUUGCGGCCGUUUUCUUACGAUCGUUAUCAAUUGAUUCUUUGCUCGCAGAAUCCAGUGGUUACGGUCAUAACGCGCAGAUUUAUCUGGAUUUGUUAACAAAAGUCGAAUCGAAAUCGAGAAAAGCAUUAUGGUUGGAACACUGGCGCAAAUUAAUCAUGUUUGUGAACGUUUCCGAUUUGAAAAAACUCGUGGAUUUGUGCUUCGAUAAUGAAACCGAUAUCGCCCAGUUUAAAAAACAUCACAUGAUGGAUUACGAAAUGCCACGAUCCCUCGACCGAAUUUCAACAUACGAAAAUUUCCUCGGUACACGCCGAUAUUUCGAUGCUUUUAUCAAAAAAGGAUUAUGCGACGAAUUGAUCGAAUAUCUGAAAUUUUGUUCUUCGGAUGAAGAACGCGUUCGUAAUUUAAUGCAAGUAAUCGUCAAUUCGAAUAUACCUUCUUUGCAUCAGCUCAAAUACGACGCGUUGGUGAAAUUCAAAGCCUUUAUCGUCAGCUCAUUUCCGUCAGCGGAAUUGGCCGACGAGUUUAUCGAGAAAAUGAUCAGCGAAAAUAUAGAAUCAUGGUACGCUCUUUUGGACAAACAGUGCUUAAAUGAAGUGAAAAAUGUUUUCGAGUGUUUCCUGUCUUCCAAACCGGAUUUAUUGGCCGAGGCUAAGCAGAAAUGUUUCGAACGUUGUCAGCUUAUUCUCAAGAGUGUAACAUUUCGCGUGUUUUAUCCACGAGAUUGGCAACAGUUUCUCAAGUGGUGUGUUGCCAGCGAAGAAGAAUUGACGAUGUUCAAAAAAUCUUUUCCAAUCGAUGAUGUAUUUGACACACUCUUCCACGAAGUAACCCUCGGAAAUCUUGAUAGAUCUGAUAAUGCAAUUAAUUGGUCUACCUCUAUAGAGCAAUACUAUGCGUUCUCGUGGAGGGGUCCUGAUGCUGAUAUUGUGGCCAGUAUGUCAUCUGCGAAUAACUUUUUACUGUGGUUAUUCGAAUCUUACGAAGUUACGCAAGCAUUCAAGUUGAAGAAGAUCAAUGAUUACAAGAACGUCAGCGCUAUUAAGAGUUUGUUUAGUGAUAGCUUUUUCGAAGAUAAGAAUGAUAAGAUUACCAACGGCUUCGUAUUGAACUGGUUUUUCGACAAUAAUUACGUAGAGAGGGAUAUUUUUUUAGCGAAAAAUAGAAACUUGCGCAAACGAUUGGGGAGAGAUUUCUUGGAUUAUUAUCCCAGAGAGGAUGGGACGAACUCUGACUCAGAUUCAGACUAGUAUAGCUUCGACCAAAACGAAUAUAGGUACUUUAGAAUCUUAUCCGGUAAAGAUAUUCAAAGUAAAUGAAUAUUUAGGUAUACUUUUAUUGUUUUUUAUUUUUAAAUAACGUUCAAUUUAUUGUUUUUAAGUCUGAAAAACUGUUUUUCUUUUUUUGUUUUUAAAUCGUUUGUUACUUUUUAUGUGAGUUUGUUUGAUAUUUUUUCGUCUUUGAAGUUUGGUUUUGAGAGAAAAACUCGGAUCAGUUUCAAACUAAUAGUUUUUGUACUUUUUUUUCUUUAUGUAGUAUUAAGUUUAAUUGGAAUGUCUUGAAUUAAAAUACGAGAAAGUUGUACUAUUUGAUUUAAUAAUUUCAUUAUUACAUUAUCACGAUAUUUGGACAACUUACUCGUAUUUCAUCAUUUAUUGAUUUUGAAACGCAGUACAUUUGAGACUA